UCACUUCAGAGUCCACUUCUACUUUGAGUUAUGCAGAUCUUGGGCUUUACUUCUGCUGACUUUCAGUUUCGUUGCUUCAUUCUCGGGAUUGCCAUUGUAUCGUGCUUUACCCAAGUCUCAUCGGCAGCAAAUGAAACCGACAAAUCGGCAUUGCUUGCAUUCAAGGCUGGGAUAACUGAGGACCCCCUCGGGGUGCUCAGCUCCUGGAAUAAUACGAUCGAUCUCUGCCAAUGGUACGGAGUUACAUGCAGCCGUCGGCACCGCAAUAGAGUCACUGCAUUGAAUCUGUACUCCCUGAAACUCUCGGGGCCUAUCUCCCCUCACAUCGGGAACCUCAGCUUCUUGAGGGAAUUAAGGCUCUAUAACAACAGCUUUGGCCAUGAAAUCCCUCCCCAAAUCGGUCAGUUGCGACGGUUACGCAUCUUGAUUCUGGGCAAUAAUUCUCUCACGGGUGAAAUCCCCAGGAACACAUCGCGCUGCCUUAACCUGCAUCACCUUGUAUUGGCUGGUAAUCAACUGGGUGGAGAAGUUCCUCCAGAGAUAGGUUCAUUGGUGAAGCUUCGGUAUCUUCAUUUAAGAAGAAACAAUCUAACGGGAGGUGUCCCUUCUUCCAUCGGCAACUUGUCAUCGUUGGAGCAGCUUUAUCUUAGCAACAAUAACUUAGGCGGGAGUCUUCCUUGGGUUCUAGGCCGACUGACCAACCUUACAUCACUUGCUUUCGGAGAGAACACGUUGUCCGCUAGAUGGAUCAAUCCCUACGUGGAUUCCUAAUAAUGCCACAAAUCUACAGAUUCUUCAACUUGGAGGCAACAGACUCUCAGGGAGCGUACCUUCUUUUGAAAAUUUGUGUAACCUUCGGCGGUUAAGCAUUUACACUAACCAUCUUGGAAGUGGGGGAUCUGGUGACUUGAGCUUUAUUUGCUCAUUAACCAAUAUGACCAGCUUAUUCCUCUUGAGUAUGAAUACUAAUAGACUCGGUGGGCCGGUGCCGGAAUGCAUUGGUAAUUUGUCCCUUGCCAUCACGACAUUGGCCCUGGGCCUAAAUCCUAUUACUGGUGAGAUUCCUAGAGCAAUGGGCAAUCUCGUGAACUUGGAAAUCUUGCAU